UUCUCAGACUUCAGCGGGUAACUACCUGCAUGCGUUAUUUCCAUGCUACGGUAGCAACACCAUCGACAGGCUUCGAGUCGCAGGGUCCAAAAUCAAAUGAAGAUUAGCAGUGAGAGAUGCUGACUGGUCAUCUUUCGAUGAGUUCCCGCGUUUCCCGUACUAUGCAAAACGCAUCGGAUUUGUCGUUGCACAAACGUAUCCUAUUGAUAUACGAUGUACAGUACACGUAUUGCCUGCCUGGGAGACCGCUGCUCUUGACACAGCCCCUCGGUUGCAGCUGGUCUUACAGCCUGGCCCGCCCAGCAGGGCCAAUGUCUUAUUUCGAGAUGCCGGUGGCGGGAGCUGGUUCAGACCGAAAUACAUCUUCAGCUGCGUCAAUCGACGGACUGCUUUUACUCCGCGCUGGUCGCUGGUGUUUCGUCAUCGACCCUCGUGCGAAAGGAAGGUCAGUCAUGCAUGCAUUGAGCCGGGCCCUCAUUCUUGGCUGCCAUCGGCGUCGGCCCAAAUGUGCCCGCCCAAGUCCCCGCCAAUCCAGCUCGAUUCCAUUCUAACCCAAGUUGGUUUAGGCCGGCGGGCGACCCGCGGUCUGCUGAAGCCCCGGUACCUGUACGGGUGGAAACUGUUCCGUUAGUAACCAGCGGGGUUCGCCCAACCUCCCUUGAGCAAACAUUGACACCACG